GCUUGUCAAAAAUUUCCGAUUUUCUGCACGAGAACCGACCGAACGGAUUGCGGUCAUCGUCAUAGGAACUCCGGGUGUUUUUAGUUUUUCACCGUAAGGAAAAUCACUUUCCCGAACAACACAGACAAAAUGGACAAGGAAACGAUUGUGCUGCAACGUAAGUUGGAAUCCGAGCUGAAAAACUACAAAGAUGCCCAAAAAGAAUUCAAUAAGCUUGUCCAGCAGCAACAGCUCCUGGAUGGCCAGUACAACGAAAACAAGAACGUUUUGGAGGAGCUCCAGCUGCUGAAGCCGACCAACACGGUAUACAAGCUGUACGGGCCGGUGCUGGUGAAACAGGAACUGGAAGAAAGCAAGCAGAACGUGGCCAAGCGUAUCGAGUACAUCAACAAGGAGCUGAAGAAAUGCACGGAAAACAUUGCCAGCCUUGAGCAGAAGCAGGACAAGUACAGGGCCAACCUGCAGAAGCUACAGCGCCAGUACCAAAGCCAAAUAGCGCUGACGAAGCCUUGAGCGGCAUGGCCGGAACUACUGUAACUGUGGCGCACGUUGCAUUUUUCUAGUUUUCGUCAAGAAAAUCCAUUUAACGCAUAGCCUACUAUACUACUAUUAUUGUUAAGUUCGAUCAACAACAACUCACAUGUCACACACCAAGGAAAAGUAAUUACACUGAUAUCGUUUCGGAACAUAA